GGGCGGGAGGGCGCGGCGCGCCAUGUUUGCGGAGUGAGGAUCGGGCGGGAGCCGGAGAGCAGCAGGGCGUCCGCUCGCUUCACCCUCAGGCCCACCCCCCCCGCCUCCAGUGUUGUUUGUAUAAAAUCCCCGUGUCACCGCUUUUUUUUAGGCGUGUAAUCCUGACCACGUGAAUUAUUUUGGUCCACUUCUGCUUUCUAAAUUGCUGGCAAGUGGCUUUGAAAGCUAGAGGAGAUGGCGCAGUGUGUAACCAAAGUGCAGUUGACCAUUUCUUGUGAGAAUUUGAUGGACAAAGAUGUUGGCUCGAAGUCUGAUCCACUGUGCGUCUUACUUCAAAACACGGGGGCUGGCGACCAAUGGGUGGAGCUAGACCGAACUGAGAGGGUAAAAAAUUGCCAGAAGCCUGAAUUUGCAAAGAAGCUAGAGGUGGAUUAUUACUUUGAGCGUGUGCAGAAACUGAAAUUUGGCAUUUAUGAUAUUGACAAUAAAUCCACAGCCCUGAACGAUGACGACUACCUGGGAGGAGUGGAGUGCACCCUGGGACAGAUUGUCUCGAGUAAAACAUUCACUCGACCUCUCGAGUUGAAGAAAGGAAAGUUGGCUGGUAAAGGGAAUAUCACUGUUGUAGCCGAGGAGAUGAAUGAUAAAAGAUCUGCAGCUCUUCAGCUGGAGGCCAGGAACCUGGAAAAUAAGGAUUUUAUGGGGAAAUCUGAUCCAUUUGUGGAGCUCUACAGGCAAGGAGAUGGUGACAAAUGGCAGCUGGCCUACCGGUCAGAGGUUAUUAAGAACAACCUGAAUCCCAACUGGAAGCCUUUCUCUGUGUCCUUGCAGUCUCUGUGUAACGGAGAUAUGCAGAAGCCCAUUAAGGUCACCUGCUCUGACUAUGAUGGUGAUGGUUCUCAUGAUCUGAUAGGCCUCUUUGAAACUAACUUCUCUAAACUGCUGCAAGUGGAAUCUGGAACGCCGAUUGAGUUUGACUGCAUUAAUCCAGAGAAGAAAAAGAAGAAGAAAAACUACAAGAAUUCCGGCAUUAUCCGGGUCCGAUCUUGUAAGAUAGAAACGGAUUUCUCUUUCUUGGAUUAUGUUAUGGGAGGAUGUCAGAUCAAUUUCACAGUUGGGAUAGACUUCACUGGCUCGAAUGGAGAUCCUCGUUCACCCAACUCCCUGCAUUACAUCAGCCCUAACGGAGUCAAUGAAUAUCUGACUGCUGUCUGGUCUGUUGGGCAGGUCGUACAGGAUUAUGACACGGAUAAGCUGUUCCCUGCAUUUGGAUUUGGUGCUCAGGUCCCGCCCGACUGGCAGGUGUCUCACGAGUUUGCCUUGAAUUUUAAUCCUAACAAUCCAUACUGCCAAGGUGUGCAGGGUAUUAUUGACGCGUACCGCAAUGCCCUUGUCAACGUGCGACUCUACGGGCCGACCAACUUCUCUCCCAUUAUAACCCACGUGUCCCGUUUUGCAGCCACUGCAGCUCAGCAACAGGUGGCAGGGCAAUAUUACGUCCUGCUGAUUAUCACUGAUGGAGAGAUAACGGACUUGGACCAGACUAGGAAUGCCAUUGUGGAAGCUUCCAAGUUGCCUAUGUCCAUCAUCAUUGUGGGUGUUGGAAGCGCAGACUUCAAUGCCAUGGAGUUUCUUGAUGGCGACGAUGGGGUCCUGAAAUCACUGGCAGGAGAGCCGGUUGCUCGAGACAUUGUGCAGUUUGUACCAUUCAGGCAGUUUCAAAAUGCUCCAAAGGAAGCUCUGGCACAGACUGUCCUGGCUGAAGUGCCGAAACAGUUAGUGUCUUACUACAAGAUGAGAAACCUGGCACCAAUAAAUCCUCCAAACCCACCCAAGUAACAACGCACAGGAGGAGAAACACACUGUGCUCAGCGUAGUCGUGACCCCUUGGCUGAGUGCACACGCUUGCUGAUUGUGACUAGGAUUGCCGUGAUCCCUCGGUGACCAGGGAAGCCUCCUGCCUGGUGACUGCACUGGCACAGAUGCAGCAUUGCCAACCCUUGCCAGUCCUGCAGGACGUGGAGGAUUUGUGUUCUUCUUUAAAGCAUCAUCUCAGCUGAGUGUUCACCCCCAUCAGGGGAAGCACAAGCAACAAAGUAAAUUCAAAUGUUUGUGUCCAACUGAGAGACUAUCCUGGAGGACUGGAGUGUUGGCAAUGCUGCUUUGUACCUGACCUAAUGUGUACUCAAUUUGCAAUCGUAACCUUUUACUGACCAAUCCCUGGGGAUGGAGGGGAGAGGUGUUCAAAUAAGAAGCAUAUUCUCAAUGUUUGGAGUUGAGACUUGUGGAUCUGAAUAUUCUCCUCGCUGGUUUGAAUGGGAUGUGGGUGUGUUCCCCAACCUGGUCAUGCCAGCCUUUUAAUCUCCAGCGGUGAGCUGGUAUUCCUGGCUACUCUGCAGCCUGGGUCUCCCAAGUCCAGAGCUACCCUGGCUUCAGUUUCCAAAUUCAUGAAUAAGGGUGCUAGUUCAGUUUAACCCAGACUGGGCAGGGUCAGUGUCAAGUGACCAGAAGCUCCCUCCACUGCUGGUCCUUGCUGUCUAGGUGAAGCACCACUCUGAUCCUCAACCUCUCGACAACUCUAAUCUGUCUGAGCACAUUAAAACAAAACUGGGAUUACAAGCACCAAAAUCCAGCAUGCAGGAGCUGAGGUGUCUUUUCACCUCUGAUCCUUGGCACUGCGAACACUGACUAUCCCCAGUCUUGAUUCAGACCAAUCCCAGCAGCUUUCCAGUCAUAAAACCGGGCUGACCUGUGCUUGCACAGUGUUGUGGGAGGGGGUGAAUGGUUAAGACUGUCCACUCUGAGUAACGUUACCCAGGAAUUGAUCAGGACAGUAGCAGGCCUUGUAAGGGGCUAAAUUGGGGGUCUAGCUGCAGUACAAGAAAUGAAUAUAAUCCAAGUAAUUCUCGCCAGCCGUGUAGUGUCAUAGAGUUGUCAUUGUACAAGGGGUUGACUUGCUGCUUAUUGAUACUCUGCUGCCUUGCACACCCAAGCUCCAAAGCUUUCUGUGUGCACUUUAUAUAACUGUGCCUAAUAGAAUAUGCUGCGUGUACAUGAGCACUGCUGUCACUGGCAUCACAGUUAGAAUGCUCUUUUGCCUGUUACUGUAAGCAAUGAGUGAUUGCACAAAUGUUAUGAUCUGGGACCACCUACUAACAUUUUUUAACUUGGGUUUAAUCUUUAACUGCUGAGAGCUUGCUGACACUUUAUUGCCUGUUCACACUUGGUGUUAUUUGUAAUAUUGUGACCUGUUGCUGGCACUUUCUGAACUUCAGUCAGCCCAGCAAACUCGUGAAGUGUGCUUCCCGGCCAGGUAAAGGGUGCCUUGUAGCUGAAGUGGGUAAAAGUGGUCUCCAAACUGUCCACUGAUAUUUUGACUUUGAAUACCUAUAGCUUUAUACUUUAUGUAACAUUAAAAUUGCAAGGUCAUUUUCUACUAAGGAGAGGUGGGAACAAUUGGCCAAGUGAAAAGUCCCCUCAUCUGGUUGUAUAGUUUGAAUGUUUCCUAUUGGACGUGCAGUGUGAUGUGUGCAGAGUCCUCCAGUUUGCAGGAUCAGUGCAAGACACUUGGGCUUAGCGAUCCUUCAGAAGUUUGCAAUCAUCUGCUCUUCCCAUCCCGUUCCCUCCCCACCAUAACGUCUACUCCUCUGUGUUAGCCCAGUAUUGUAUUUACAAACCUCUGCAAUGAUUGGAUGACAUGAACAUUUUCUAGUGACGGUCUGCAGGUUAGAUGCCAGUGACUGCAUCACUUUCCCCAGAGCUGAUGAGCUGGACAGUUCAGCUAUGACCUCUGUUGUCAGCAUUGUGAUGUAAACUGGAUCCAAGAUCAAUCCAGAGUUCACAAUGAAAGGCCAUGCCCUAAAGAGCAGGUCUCCUGUUGGCAGUGUCUGAUGUUGCUGUAGAUCUAAGCUCCCUCUCCUGUCCAUAUCUGACAGACUUCAAUCUUCCAAAGAGGACAGGACACAGUAUCACUGAAUCGUUGUCAAGGGGAGGUCGUGCAGAUUAGACAUCCCAAAAAUUGUUUCUUGUGAAUCCUUCACUUCCACAAGUGGAGUGUGGUAUCUAUAAAGCUGGCAAUGUCAGGGUGGCUCUCAGUAUAAAAAUGUUUUGUAUUAAUACAAAAUACCUUAAAUGUUUGCCAUCAGCAGUCCGACACCGUGGUUUACUGAUGAGCUGGUGCUCAGAAGCUCUGCUGGACUUCUGCUUUCUAAGAUCUGCUAAAUGUGCUGUUAACAGUGUUGGUUGGUGGGCUGGGGUCUGGUGUUGGUUGGUGUUUAAUCUCUUCCUGCGAGGUUUGACAGUCUGUGGAUUCUGUACUCUCCCUCCUGGUGAGGAAUUGUUCAGUGUCCCCCACUGCAGACAGCCAGGGCAAAGGGACCUCAGCCCCAGCAACAUCUGUGCUUGCUCUACCCUUGCUUCUCAUCAAAGGGAAGUCUAUGACGGUGAGGAUGUUUUACCUGUGGUCUCACCUGCACAGUGACCUCAGCCGGGUGGGGAACUGCACUACUGGCUGUCAUGGUGCCACCUGUAGCCUGUACCUGCCAGGUACCGGCUUGUGUCUGCGGUAAGGGUUUUUGUGCCAAACUUGUUUUGAUCCACUUUUGAUUUCUUGUGACAGCCAAAUCCCAACAUUUUUCUUUCAUUUAAUUCAUAAAAUCACAGAGUGCCAGUUUAGCAGGAUAAUGGAAUCGGGGGUUAGAUUAUUCUCCCUUCCAUCCACCUCUUCCCUCUCCCUUUUGCCAAGAGACAGAAUUAACUAGUCUCGCUGAGACCAAAUGUUGUCAAAACAGAAUAUAUUUAGUAGAAGAUGACCCAAUUUCUGUUCAAAUACAAUUUUUUUUACUAUGAUUGUCCACUUUGAAUGAAUAAAUCGUGCAUUUUGUGUGUA